AUGGCUUAUGCUGCUGUGGCUUCUCUUGUCCAAACGCUAGAGUACGUGUUGAAAUUUUCACAUUUGGUUUUCCAAAUCAAGAUAAAGCGUGCCGAAGUUUACAAUAAAAGAGUUGCUGAAGUCAUAAAGCUUUUGGAAGCAACAUCAAACGAGUCGGAAUAUCAUCUGGAGCAAGCUAUUGAUAUAUUGGAAUCGCCGAAAGGGAAACAGGUUAUUCGGUUUCAGGAUGAUAGUGGAUGGCUUCUGUCGCAAUACCGGCUGCCAAGAAGAGGAGGGCGAGUUCUGUCAGUGGAAAUGCCAGAAAUGGAGGAACAAAAGAAAAACAUUUUGGAAGAGAUUGAUUCAUUUCAGGCAGGCUUGAAUGUGUUUUUUGGUGUAACCGGUCCUCACAUCAUCAGGGGAGAUACAAGAAACUACUUUCUUUGGCAACUUGUUCGUACGCUGGUAGGAGAACAGCGUCUGGGAAGUGACCAACUCAAAAAGAAAAUAGUUUAUUUUUACAAAGUGACCAGGGACACAACAAAUUUGUGCAAGGAGCUUCAGUCCUUGCUGAUCAUUCUUGACAAUCCUUCAAAUAAAUGCCAUGAUAUAUUGAAAAGUAUCCAAGAUGUUGCAUAUAGAGCCAGAGACAUUUUUGACCUACGCAUGAUAGAAAAUCAAGUUGAGCCUGCCUUGACAUACUGCUUAAGGGUUAGGAAAGGAGAUCUAGAAGGGAAAAGUUCUUUUUCUUUUGAAGAGAGGGUCAACAGGAUUUUCGGUCUUGAAGAGAGGGUCAACUGUCUUUUCGGUGCAAAUGCUGGCAAAUUUUUGCGGCAGACAUUAGAAAAUGUUCGUUCUAUUAAGAACAACAUCAAAGAAAUCAAUUCUGAGGAGCUAACUGUUGAAGAUUUGCAAUUGGGGUCUGCUUCACUUGAUGGUUCACAUCAAGCCCAAGGCAGUACAAAUCAGGAGGAUGCUGUGGUGGGUCUUGAUGACGAUAUGAGGAGAAUCACAGAAAAGCUUACUAGACCACCACCAUUUCAACUAGAAAUUCUGACAAUUGUGGGUAUGGGCGGCAUUGGCAAAACCACUCUUGCUAGAAAAGUUUUUGGUCAUUGUUCAAUUGUUUUGCACUUUCAUUGUCGUGCAUGGGUCACUGUAUCCCAAGUUUAUGAAGUUAAAGAUUUGCUCUUCAGCCUCUUGUGCUCAGUUUCAGAACCCACUUAUGAAAAGCAUGAAAAGAGUAAAGAAGAUAUAGGUGAAGAGCUUUAUAGAAAACUGAAGGGUAGAACAUAUUUGAUUGUCAUGGACGAUUUGUGGAGUAUCAAGGCCUGGAAUGCUGUCCAGGGAUAUCUUCCAGAUGACAGAAAAGGAAGUCGUAUAAUAUUGACUGGUAGGUCCAUUAUUACUGAGUUGAAACCCGAGGAGAAACCUUACCAUUUCAUGAGACUUCUGGAUAGAGAUCACAGUUGGGAAUUGCUGGAAAAGGUGGUAUUUGGAAGAAAAAGUUGCCCACAUGAAUUGGUGGAUGUCGGAAAGCAAAUCGCUGAUAAAUGUGAGGGACUACCCCUGGCGAUUGUUGUUGUUGCUGGUCUUCUCUUGCGAACUACGAGAAGACUAGACUGCUGGCAAGACAUUGCGGAUAGCGUAAGGUCACUUAUGCGCAAUGAUCCUACAAAUUGCCUGGACAUACUUGCUUUGAGUUACAAGAAGUUGCCCAAUCGCCUGAAAGCCUGUUGGUUGUACUUGGGGGCUUUCCCUGAAGACUGUGAUAUUGAAGUUCAGAAACUCGUUCAUCUUUGGGUUGCUGAAGGUUUCUUGGAUCCAGAACCCAUAGCAGACACGGAACAGGUUGCAGAGGAUUAUUUAGACGACCUAAUUGGCAGAAACUUGGUUUCGGUGGGAAGGAGAAAUUUUGAUGGGAAAGUCAAAACAUGUCGCCUCCAUGAUUUCUUGCGGGAACUAUGCGUGAGAGAAGCUGAGAAAGAGAAGUUCAUGUAUGUCACACCAAGAGGUGCCCAAGGUUUUCGAACAGGCAUACGGGAUAUGUAUCGGCUCAGCAUCACUGAUUACUCGGUGCCAUCAUUUAGACAUGCCAUUUCAUUUAUGUGCUUUAGUUUGGGUUAUGGCUUUUCGCCAGAUCUCCUAUUGCUGGAAUUACAGCUUAAAUUGCUGAGAGUAUUAGACAUAUACUUUCUUCAUUUUGAUCAUUUCCCCAUCCAGGUAGUGGAAAUGGUUCAUUUGAGGUAUAUCGCAUUUAAUGUUACUUAUGAGCUUCCACCGUCAAUGUCCCAGCUUAGAAAUCUCCAAACCAUACUCAUUCGUGGCCCGUGGGAAAGCCCCAUUCUGUCUUUGGAAUAUUGGAGUAUGCCAUCCUUGAGGCAUUUUCACUGCAGUGUAGUUAGUCACUUGAAGAAACCCACAAUUGGCAGGAAGAGCUUUGACCGACUGUUUGCCCCAGAAUAUCUGCUUAGUCUCUCCACGAUAAGCUUCUCUUCUUGCACGCGGGAGGUUUUCAACAUCAUGCCCCAACUGAAGAAGCUAGGCAUCUGUGAAACAGAAAAGGACUACAUUACAGGUGUUUCAUCUGAAUGCCUAGCCAAUCUGCACUUGUUGUGUAAGCUGGAUACUCUCAAGUGUUCAUUUUUCAAAGAAACAAGUAAAACGCGGGAUUUAUGUCGGUUUUCUUUACCCUACAAGCUCAAAAAUCUGACUCUAAGUUGGAGCUAUCUUCCAUGGGGGGAUAUGGCCAUUUUUGCCAAUUUAGGCCACCUUACAGUACUCAAACUGAAAAACUUUGCCUUUCAAGGACCAAGAUGGGAACUGAAUGAAGGGAUAUUUGGUUGUCUAAAGUCGUUGCUAAUAGAAAGUACAGAUCUAGUACACUGGGAGGCCACAAGCACUGAUCAUUUUCCAUGCCUUGAGCACCUGCUUCUGAGGUCUUGCAAAUCCUUAGAGGAGAUCCCAUACGGUAUUGGGGAACUUCCUACCCUCUCACUACUUGAGGUGCACUACUGUAGCAAAUCUGCAGAGGAUUCUGCUAAAGAAUUUGGAGAGGAAAUUGAAGGCUUGAAGGUUGUCACGAGAAGUGAUAUUUAG